AUGCAGUGCCGACCAAUCGUCCUCUCUGGGCCAUCUGGAGGUGGAAAAAGUACGAUUCUUACUCGAGCCAUGCUUGAGUUUCCUAAUAGCUUCGCCUUCAGCGUUUCUCAUACAACGAGAAAACCGAGAGAAGGCGAGGAAAAUGGAAUCCACUAUCACUUCACUGAGAAGGAGAAAAUGGAGGAAAUGAUUAGAAAUAAUGAAUUCCUUGAGCACGCAACGUUCGGCGGAAAUAUUUAUGGAACUAGCAAGAAAGCUGUUGAGGAGGUUGAAAAGACAGGAAAGAUUUGUGUACUCGAUAUCGAACUCCAGGGAGUUAAAAAUAUCAAGAAUAGCCAUCUUGAUGCGCGGUAUAUUCUCAUUAGAGCUCCAUCAUUGAAGAUUUUGGAAGAAAGACUUCGAGCUAGACAAACAGAAUCAGAGGAAUCUCUUCAAAAGAGACUCAAACAUGCUCAGGAGGAUCUUGUUGAAGUUGAAAAAAAUCCAACUCUGUUCGACAAGAUUAUAAUUAAUGAUAAUUUGGAUCGUGCUUAUGCGGAGUUCAUUGACACAAUCAAGGAAGAUCUCAGCAAAACGACCCAAAAAAAUAAUUAG